CCGGUGGCGGCCAUGCAGUCAAUGAGGACAACAACCAGUCCAAGACAGACAAUGGCCAUCAGGACCAGAGCCACACCACCGCCAGUAGCGGCACCACAACCACUACCACCUCCUCCUCGGCCAACACCAGCACCACAUCCAACACAUUGCUCGACAGAGUGACCAGUUUUAGGCGAUCUCUGGGAAAGGCUCAGAACAAGAAGAAGAUUAGGUCAGCGUCUGUUAAAGGACUAACGAGUGGUGCAGCUGUUGAACAGCAAAGCAUUGCUAAAAGCAAGAAUAGUCCGGUCCGUAAGGGAUCGUCACCGACGACAACAUCAGUGGUUACAACCAGUGGUGGUGUCUCUGCUAUCAGUGCCAACUGCGAUGACGACGAGAUUUACGGCUUUACGAGCGCUAACUUUGGUUUGUAU